GUUGAAUUUAGAAUUGGCGCCAAUUUCGGGUGCAUACGUAGAGGUAGAUGUCGUUGCAGCUAUGUAGUCUGGGGAUGCGUCCGGCCGCCGCACGGCAGUCGCGGUGACGGACCCCGGCGACAUGGAGCCAUCUACCUCCGUUAGCAACGGCGACGCCGACAAGGCUCUUAACAUAGAACUGCUCAUUUCUGAGAUCAAGCAGCGCCCGGCUCUCUACAGCAAUGCUCAAGCCGAGUAUCUCGAGAGAAUGUCCAAGCAGAAGGAGUGGACCGAAGUCUGCCAAGCAUUAUUCAAGGACUGGAACAAGUUCAGCCCGCGCAAGAAACGAGACAAAGUGCGCGAAGUUCAAACCAAGUGGCUGAAGUUGAAGAACUCUUUCUUGAAGAGCUAUGGAGGCGUUCGCAAGAUGUCUCCAUUGGCCAAGAAGAAGAAGCACACCCAUUUCAACAGCAUGUCGUUCCUGAUCCCUUCUACUUCGACGCAGGAGGACAACAAUGUGGAUAACAAUAAUGAGGAUGAGGAGAGUCAGGAAGCCCCUCCGUUGUCAACUGCUGAGAGGAUGGUGGCUGAGUUCUCGCAAAUGCACGAGGUGAAGCCUACGCCCUACGUCGUGCCAGUGCCGCAGAUCCAGCAACCGGCACACACACCAAUAGACGAGCAUCUCAACUUCGCUCUCAUGCUGAUCCCGUCUCUUCGCCAACUGACUGCGGACCAGAAGUUCAUCGCCUGGACCAGCAUCAUUGAAAUUAUUCAGAAAGCUGGAGAGCUGGGUAAGAAUAUCAGCGUGCUGCAAGAUCAACUUCGAUAUCCAACUGCUGGACCGAGUGGCGAGCAGGGACAGGUGCCUAUGGUCCAAUUGCCCCCAGCGCCGGGCACUUUAGAGCCAGAGGAACCAGAGGAACCCGCAUUCCCAGCUAGCCAUGGUAGACCCACUAAUCCUCAAGGCGAAAUCAUGUAUCCAGAAACUGAUCAGGAAGAUCUAGAUGAGGCCUAAUUUGAGGUAUAACGAAUUAUUUAAGCUGAGCGAAAUACACGCCGCUCAAACUUAGCCCUCUAUUUUAUGUAUUCUUAACAACCCUCUAUUUCUCUUUGAUGCAACAUUAGGUUGCUAUAAAUUUUCGAAAGGUGUACUUGGGCUAAUUUUGAGUGCCAAAAUUUCCGCGACCGGAUAAGGUCGGUAAAGUCUUUUGCUAAAAAGGCUAUUUUGUAAAAUGUAACUUUUUGUUAUGUAGGUAUUUGUGCAGGGUUAACUAUUAAAACAAUUUUAAUCAUCAUCCGCCUAGCCUUUACCAAACGAAGUUGGGUAUCGGCGCGUAGUGCGAGGGUCUGUCUAAAGACCAUCCGUAGACAGACCGCAACAAGACCAGCUUGCUUAGACCCCUAAAUGUUAACUAAUUACUAUUUCAAAAGAUGUUUUAUUUUUUUGAUCUCUAAACGAUAUAAGAUAAAAGCUAUGUGAAUCCAUGUCUGUCCAUUUGUCACUUCUUCAGGCCUAAGGCCGUAUACAGGAAGAAAGCUGAUAGAAGCUGGAAACUUACAUAUA